AUGAUUGAAUCCAAUAAUUGGGCUCCACAACAAACGUGGUAUAAUCGAGUGUCGCCUCAUAUACCUACGAAAUCCACCAUAGAUUUGAUACUACGACCUAGACCUAGAUCAAUAACAAAAGUAUCAUCAUUUACAUCACAUACAAAUUUAUCUAAUAAUAAUGAACCUUUAAGUCGUGGAAACUCCCCAUCCUUAUCAUUAUCACCAUCAAUAACGGUUGUGAAGAAGACAAGAUUAGAUAAUGGAAGUACUAUAACUGAGUUUGGUGCAGUAGGAUCAGUGUCAGUGAUAGAUCCACCUAGAAUAAUACCAACUAAAAUUACAGAUAAUACUCCAAAACCAACUAUUGAUACUUCAAAAUUACUUUGGAAUUUAAUCAACUUACAAGACAAAAAAAUCAAAUUAUUAAAUGACAGAUUUGAAGUUAGCGAGUCGUCAUCGUUAUCAUUAGAUGCUAAACGUGAUUUCUAUUCCAAUACUUUCACUCCUCAAUUUAAUCAAUUAGAGUUAGCAAUAAAGCAAAUUAAACAACGAGUAGGCCCUUCAGAUGAGAUACCAAGACCAACAAAUUUAGUAAUGCAAACCACAGUUAGACUGAAUGCCAAUAACAUUACUAUGGAUGAAAAUGAAGAUGAUUUUGGUGAAAAUGAGAUGGACGGAUUAAGGACCCCAACUCAAGACCGGGAUGAAAUUAAUGAUUUGGGUAGUUUUAUUGAUGGAACUAAUAUCUCUGAAGAUGAAACUUAUCAUGAUGCAGCUUCUGAUAAUGACAAUAUAAGUGAUGUUGAGAUUGGAUAUAUGAGUCAACCAGCUGAAUCUGAUAUUGUUGAUGAGAUACAAGAUUUACAUAAUAGUAGUGAUAUUGAAGAGACUGGUCGUUUGAUAGUUGAAGAGAUAGUAGAUACGAUAGAUGAUGGAGAAUCAGACAAAGAAGUGGAACCAGAAAAGAAAGAGGAUGAAUUAGAUGAUGAUGAAAUUGAAGAAAUUGGUUACUUUACAACCCAGUUGAAUGAAGAACGUGAGGUCAGUACACAAUUCAUAAAUAUUGACGAUGAUGAUUCGUUUGAUGAUGAUGAUGAUCUUGAUAUUAUAGCACCUAUUCGGAAUCUUGCUCGAAAUAAUAAUGUGAUCAAUAUUUCUAAUACCACUGAUUCUACGAAUGUUACAAAGGAAGAUGAAGAUGCUUUCAGUGAAGAUGAUGAAGAUUUAAUGGACUUGAUUGAUGGUAAAGUCACUACUGCAAAUGGGAAUAAAGAAAAUGUCCCUCCUGGAUCUGGUCAUUUCAUCAAAGAAGUAUAUCAAGUAUUGAAAUCCAUAUUUAAGUUGAAUUCAUUCCGUUCAAAUCAAUUACAAGCUGUUUGUGCAAGUUUACUAGGUAAGGAUGUAUUUGUAUUAAUGCCUACUGGUGGUGGUAAAUCAUUAUGUUAUCAACUUCCAGCAUUGAUAAAUGGAGGUAAAACACAAGGUACAACAGUGGUGAUCUCACCUUUGAUUUCUUUAAUGCAAGAUCAGGUUCUGCAUUUAUUAGAUUUAAAUAUUAAAGCUGGUAUGAUCAGUUCAAAGGCUUCAGCUGAAGAGAAUAGACAUACCACUGAUUUAUUUCGUAAUGGGUUUUUACAAUUGGUUUAUUUAUCUCCUGAAAAGGUUAAUACAUCUGGAAUGAUGCAAAAGAUUAUUGGUAAAUUAUAUGAAUCAAAUCAAUUAGCUCGUAUAGUUAUUGAUGAAGCUCAUUGUGUUAGUUCUUGGGGUCAUGAUUUCCGUCCCGAUUAUCAAUGUUUAGGAUUCUUUAAAGAAAAAUAUCCAAAAGUUCCUUUAAUGGCUUUAACUGCUACUGCUAGUGAAAAGGUAAGAAUGGAUGUUGUUCAUCAUUUAAAGAUUGAUGAUGCUGUAUUUUUAAAACAAAGUUUUAAUAGAUCGAACUUAUACUAUGAAAUUAGAUGGAAAGCUGGUAAUCAUGUUGAAUGGAUAAAAGAUUAUAUCUUAAGUAAGUACAAUGGUAAGACAGGUAUUAUUUAUUGUCACUCUAAACAAUCAUGUGAACAAACAAGUGCAAAGUUAAAUCAACUUGGUAUCAAGACUGCUUUUUAUCACGCUGGUAUGGAUCCUCAAGAUAGAUUUGAAGUACAAGAAAUGUGGCAACGAAAUGAGCGCCAAGUUAUUUGCGCUACCAUUGCAUUUGGUAUGGGUAUUGAUAAACCUGACGUGAGAUUUGUGGUUCAUCUUUUCAUUCCUAGAAGUUUGGAAGGUUAUUAUCAAGAGACUGGUAGAGCUGGAAGAGAUGGUAAAUAUUCUGAAUGUAUUAUGUUCUAUUCAUAUCGAGAUGCAAGACAACUACAAGGUAUGAUUCAACGAGAUGAUGAAUUAAAACCUGAGGCCAAAGAAAAUCACUUAGCGAAGUUAAGACAGGUAAUUCAGUAUUGUGAAAACACUACUGAUUGCAGAAGAAAACAGGUAUUGCAUUAUUUUAAUGAACAAUUCGAUCCCGUGAAUUGCCAUAAAGAAUGUGACAAUUGUCGAAAUUCCAAAAAGGUUACUGUUGUUGAGAAGAAUUGUACAUCUAACGCAGUUGAUAUAAUCAAUUUAGUCAAAUCAAUCCAAUCAGAACAAGUGACAGUUCUUCACUGUCAAGAUGUUUAUAAAGGAGUCAAUAGUGGUAAAAUCAGCAAAAUGGGUCACACUAAUAAUACAUUCCACGGAAAAGGUAAGGCUUUGGAUAAGACUGAUGUUGAAAGAAUAUUCUUUUACUUAUUAAGUGAAGAUUGUCUAGUUGAAUAUCAAGUAAUGAAAGGAGGAUUUGCUUCAAAUUAUGUAAGACUUGGUAAAUUUGCUUCGAAAGUUCUUAAUGGUGAGAAGCAGAUUAAAAUCAAAUUUAGUAAUGAAAGAAGGCAAAACACUAAUAAUAGAAAUGAAUCUAGUAAUAGCUCAAGCAAUAGUUCAAGUAACACUAAUCAAGGUCAACCUUUAAAUUCAUUUAGAUAUCAAGAUUCAUUUGUUACAGCUCGUCAAAUUUCAGCAUUGAAUACAUUCAAUGAAUCCACUUCAUCACCAAUAUCACUACCAGAGAACAAUUCUGGAAUUGAUUCUGGUGCUAGUAAGGAACAUGUUGAGUAUUCCUAUAAUGAGUUAGAUAAAGUUAGAAUUGAUACUCUGUCAGAAUUGGGAGUUCCUAUUAAACAAGUUGUAUCGGAUGCAGCUUUAAGAGAAAUGGCUAUCAAAUUACCUACCAACAAAAGAGAUUUUGCAAAAAUGCCUAAUAUGUCAAAAGAUGCAAAUGAAAAUUUUCCUUAUUUUAAAAAGUUAUUAAUAUCCUUAAGUCGUGAACGUAAGAAAUUUGGUAAUGCGGCUGCGAAUACUAGUAUUAAUGAAACCAAUACAAGUAUAGAAACCAUCACUCCUAAUACCACCAUUACUAAGAAUUCAACCAGCGUCCUAUCACCUUAUUUUCCAAAUGAUUCAGACAGAGCAAUUAUCGCUUCUUUAAGACAAGGGUUAUCACAAAAGUCAAGAUCACAAUCACAAACCCAGACACAAACUCCAACUCAAAAGUCGGGUCAUAAGCCAUAUUACAAACAUAAGGGUAGAUCUCAGUCAUAUAGAAAGACUUCAGGAUCUUCACAAUCUUCCAAAGUUACCAAGCACCCUGUGCUUAAGAAACCAAAGAGGAAAGGGAUGCCUUUAUGA